UUACCCAUGCAUUAUUCUGAACAAUGAUCCAACAUUGAACAAGGUUCCUCUGAUUCACCUGUAGUUCCUGUGGUGCUCCAGCAUGAAACUGUUGAUCAUCGCAGCUGCCUCUCUGGCAGUGGUGAGCUGUGCCAGCCUCUCACUGGAGGACCUGGAGUUCCAAGCAUGGAAACUCAAGUUUGAAAAAUCCUACAACUCCUUUGAGGAGGAGGUCCAACGUAAACUUGUCUGGCUCUCCACCCGCCGCAGGGUCCUGGCCCACAACAUCCUGGCUGACCAGGGCAUCAAGACCUACCACAUGGGCAUGAACCAGUUCUCCGACAUGAACAACCAAGAAUACAAUCAGGCUAUCCUCUUGUCUCACUUCAAUCGCUCCAAUGCCAAUGCCAAUGCCAUUGCCAAUGCCCAAGCCUCAGCCCAGAAGCUGGCAUUUGCCCCCAGACAGCAAGGGAGCGAUGCUGAGCUGCCCGCCUCAGUGGACUGGAGGCAGAAGGGCUGUGUGAAUAGGGUGAAAGACCAGCACCAGUGUGGAUCCUGUUGGGCUUUUGGUGCAAUUGCUGUGUUAGAGUCCCACACCUGUAUUGAGCACGGCUACCUGCCCUCUCUGAGCGAGCAGCAGCUGCUGGACUGCUCCCGUGCCUAUGGGAACCACGGAUGCCACGGAGGUCGGGAGACCGCGGCCUACCAGUAUGUCAGAGAUAACGGCGGAAUAGACACGGACGAGGCCUACCCAUAUAAGGCAAAGGAUGCAAUCUGCCGCUUCAAACCGUCUGGAGUUGGCGCCCUCUGCUAUGGGCAUGUGGAACUGCCGUUUGGAGAUGAGGAGGCUCUAAAGGAGACGGUAGCGUUUGUGGGUCCUGUGGCUGUGGUUAUCGACGCCGGACAGUCCUCCUUCCAGCACUAUGUAUCUGGUGUCCACUAUGACCCUCACUGCAGCAAGACGAUAUCAAACCACGUUGUGCUAGUUGUGGGUUAUGGAACUGAGGACGGCCAAGACUACUGGCUGGUGAAGAACAGUUGGGGUGUCCAUUGGGGAGAUCAAGGCUACAUCAAGUUGUCCAGGAACCAGAACAACCAGUGUGGCGUCGCCUCGUUUGGAACUUACCCGCAAGUCUGAAGACGUACCGAUGGAUAAGAGAGGAUGAGGCUUUCAUCAAACAUUGCUUACAUCCUGCUUUGUUUCAGGCUGUCAUCAGCUUCAUGUGAUUUCUGAAGGGGGCAACAACACAAGGCCAAGAAUGGUGGUUUUGUUUUCAAGAAAAG